AUGUCAAACGUCCAACUCCAGCACCAGCAAUGCCACGGCUAUAUCUAUCCCCAGCCAUUUGCAGCAGCCCCCAACAGCACAACAACGAGGCUGCCAACACCAACGACAACACCAGCAUGGAUACUAUCCGAGCCCUCUACGCCAUCAGGCGUACGGCCAUAUGACACGUCAGCAAAUGCUGAUGUGGCACGAACACGAACGCACGAGGAACAAGGUUCAAGUUUGAGCCCGGAGGUUCCACGGGUACCUCCUGUAGUUACAGCCCCACCACCAGAACCACCAAAGAAGAAGUUCACCUCUGCGUCAUCCUCAUCUUCUGAUUCUUCAACGAUAUCAGCUGUUUCGGUGUCGACUAUGUGCCUGUCACCUCGGCUUGUGUUGAACAUGGAACCUAGUACGGAGCCUGAUCUGAUGCAAGCCACCCCCUGCCUCUGCCACCUCUGUACAAUCACAAAAGAGCAAGAGUGUAUUUUGCAACAACCUACACCUGCUAACUUGCCUAUCCUGACUAUGCGCCCAGCCUUUCCAUCCCCGAAAUCCUAUUCCAUUGCAAGCUUGUCACGACAUGAGCGUAAGCCAUCGGCUGGCCUAUCGUGUUCCAACUCGAGAUCUCGUUCCAGAUCAAAGUCUCACUCCAGGUCUCGCACACCAUUGCCUUCGUUGGCAUCCAUACAGAUGUCGCCCCAAAGUACAGCAGUCCCUGUGCCCAGGUCUAGCUCGUUCCCGUCCACAUCUGGAUUGCUUCAGCCACCCAACCCGCCUUGUGGCCGAUUUGUGUCGUCAUCAACAUUGCCCUCACAUGCCGAGGGGCAGCAGUCACAAGGAUGGAGUGCAAUGCAGACAUCUUCAUUCUCAGAUCAUGACAGUGAGAGUACGGACAGCCUUGGGAGCCUCAGCCCUGACGGUGGAUUUGGACUGGCCAUCGGAAUUGGCAGUGCUUACGUAGGUGGACGAGAUUGGGAUGCGCGCAGCGAUCGCCAAAGGGAGGGAGUCGUACGCAUUGCGGGGUGAGGUCAAGAUCGUGUUGGG